UCCAGAAGAUGGCGGUUAAGUAACUAAACAUUCGUUAACGGCCACAAUACUUCACAAGAAGAAGGAAACCAACGAAGGAACGGCCGCUGAGCUACUCCAACAGCCGCUUUAUUUAGCGAAAUAUGGCUGCUGUGCUCCCCGCCAGACCGCCCUGCGAUAGUAACCCCGCUACUCCUGGAGCACAAUCCAUAAAGGAGGAUGUAAUAGAGGAGGAGUCCAAUGAUGGCAGCCAGCCUCCUAAAAGACGUAGGAUGGGUUCAGGGGACAGCUCUCGAAGCUGUGACACCUCUAGCCAAGAUCUUGGACCAACAUAUUUCCCAGCAGAGAACCUGACAGAGUACAAGUGGCCGCCAGAUGACACAGGAGAGUAUUACAUGCUGCAAGAGCAGGUCAGCGAGUAUCUGGGAGUUACAUCAUUCAAGAGGAAGUAUCCUGAUAUGGAGAGGAGAGACUUGUCCCACAAAGAGAAACUUUACCUGCGUGAACAGAAUGUCAUCACUGAAACACAGUGCACUCUGGGUCUGACAGCUUUGCGGAGUGAUGAGGUGAUAGAUCUGAUGAUAAAGGAGUAUCCCACCAAACACUCUGAGUAUUCAGUCAUACUGCAGGAGAGAGAGCGACAGAGGAUAGCUAAAGAGUACUCUCAAAUGCAGCAGCAGAAUCCUCAGAGGGUGGAGGCCAGUAAGGUUCCUGAGUACAUUAAGAAGGCAGCAAAAAAAGCUGCAGAGUUCAACAGUAACUUCAACAGGGAGCGUAUGGAGGAGAGGAGAGCUUACUUUGACCUCCAGACACAUAUCAUCCAGGUGCCUCAGGGCAGGUUCAAGGUGCUGGCUCCAGAGCUGACCAGGACAGGGCCCUACCCUGUGGCUCUUAUACCAGGACAAUUUCAAGACUACUACAAAAGGUACUCUCCCAAUGAGCUGCGAUACCUGCCACUGAACACAGCUCUGUUUGAGCCUCCACUGGAUCCAGAACUCCCUGCACUGGACUCAGAGCCCGACUCAGACGAUGCCGAGGAUGGCAAAGAUGAGAAAAAGAACAAGAACUCAUCUGACAGUUCUUCAGGCAACACAUCAGAUGUGGAGAGCCAGGAGGGAGCAGGUGGACAGGGCCACAAGUCCAAGGCCAAAGACAGGACAUCCACCCCGGGCAAAGACGGCAGCCUGCGCCACUCAGCCUCCCACAAAGCCACCCCAGGGUACAAGCCUAAGGUCAUUCCCAAUGCUAUAUGUGGCAUUUGCCAGAAGGGUAAAGAGGCCAACAAGAAAGGCAAGCCAGAGGCUCUCAUUCACUGCUCCCAAUGUGAUAACAGUGGCCACCCGUCCUGCUUGGACAUGAGUGCGGAGCUGGUGAGUGUAAUCCAGACGUACCGUUGGCAGUGUAUGGAGUGUAAGACCUGCACCGUGUGCCAGCAGCCCCACCACGAGGACGAGAUGAUGUUCUGUGACAAAUGUGAUAGAGGAUACCACACAUUCUGCGUGGGCAUGGACUCCAUUCCUACUGGGCUUUGGGUAUGCGAAGUGUGCGACAAAGAUUUCACCACACCCAAGAAGAAGGGAGGAGCCAAAACACCUAAGAAGUCAAAGUCAGCUCAAAAAUGAGCAACAGCAUCUUUAACCACAGUACCUUUACCGAAUUGUACACAAAUGCACUGUCAUUAGUUCAUUUCCAGAAGCUGUAACAUUUCAAACGACCAGGUCAUUGUUUUUCUCAAAGUCUGUCUUAUAGAAUGUUUUAAAGGCCCAGAUUGUGAUCCAAAAAUAAACAAAGGUUUUAGCCCUCCUACCAAAUACCAACAAUCAAACAUAAGAUCUCAACCUGCUGUUACUCUUAACUGACUGACUGGUCUUUUAGAGUUUAACACUAGAAAACAAACAUUAAUAUUUUCUGUGAAAGCUCUGACAACAUCAGUAAGGCAGGCCUAUAAUUUGAAUUCUUAUUUCCCAUCUUCAAGCCAAACUAAAAUAAUGUAUGUGGUUAUACUUCAAAUGUAUGUGCUUAUAAAGCCCAGAUUGGGCAUUAGCUUUAGCAUAGCAGCUCUGUUCUGUCAUGUUAGAGACUGACUGACUGACUAAACCUCAAACACCAUACAGAAAUAAUAUUAACAGCUAAACUGUAAAUCAAAUCCAUCCAGAUAUACUGCACUAAACUGUGAACCACUAACAGUAUCAGUGUGUUCCUACUUCAUUAAACCAAUGAAUCCUGUAGUUUCUGAACAUUCCUGCAGUGAUAAAUGUUUGAUGGGAAAUUGUUUCAGUUGAACAAAUGGUGCUUUUGAUCUUGUACUACUGAAACAAUCAGGGUUUCAAACCAUUUUUGUAUGUUUUUGUAUCUUAUAAACUACCGUUUAAUAAACUUUAUUUAAUGAGGCAGGCCAGUAAAGAGCAGUCUUAUUUAAACAAAGUCUUGUCUAACAUAAUGACAUGGUGCUUGUGAUCCUGUGUAAUGAAAUGUAAUAGACACUGGCUGUGGUAGACCUCACGGCUGCUGCAGUUUUCAGGUAUUUAUGUGUGAGUCUUGUUUAUCAAAACAGAGUUUCUCAACCCUUCACUGUUGAUAAUUGUACAAAAAUGUAACCACUCAUUGUAAGUACGUAGAAUUGUAAUCGAAUUGGCAUCCAUCAUUUAUGAUUAUUAUUAUUGAUGUUUUUGCAAUCACCUUAAAAUAAGUUGUUUUUGUUAUUUUUUUUAUUUGAUCUAUUUUGUAUUGUCCUGCAAUGAGCAGGUUGUUUAAGGAAUAUUUGUUGCUAAUAAUGUCAUAGUCACUGAAUUCUGAAGUGUCUUGUUUUUCAAUAAAAGCUACUUAA